UCACUGACUGUUUCUCUCUGUCUCUCGCUCUGUCUCUCUCUCUGUCUCUCUCUCAACCUGUCUCUCUCUCUGUCAGGAUGGAUGACUGUCAUCAUGGAUUAUUAAUUAUUAUGUUUUUGCUGCAAACGGAUUCUUUAUACUCAGUUUACAUCAGUGAAAACACAGAUUCUCUUCAUCAGGUUCUGUCAGAGUUCGGUGUCAUUCGUCCAAUCAGGACAGACUCAGGGGGACACUUACUGUCAGUGUCUGUCUCCGCCCACCACCUGCAUCACACUAGAAGACGAGCCCACGAGCCAGAGGACACGCCCAGUGGCGAGGAACAUGUCAGACACAAAAGAGAGACGCAAACAGACACACCCACAUUACAGUUGUCCCUGCCCAUGGAUGCAUCACCAUCCAAUCAGACAAGUCAUAGGUGGUGGGGGAGGGAUCACAUGCCGGAGGAGGAGGAGCUUUACUACAAUGUGACGGUGUUCGGUCGGGAGCUCCACCUCCGGCUGCGCCCGAACACUCGUCUCAUCGCCCCCGCCGCCACCAUGGAAUGGGAGGAGUCAGGACACCUGCACUCUCAGCCAAUAGGCAACACAGGCUGCUUCUACACUGGGGAGGUGUCCAACAUGGACGACACGGCCGUCGCUAUCAGCAACUGCGAUGGACUGGCCGGGAUGAUCCGAACAGGACUGGAGGAGUUUUUCAUCGAGCCAUGGGAUCAACGGAGGACAGAUGGAGGAGAGGAGGAGGAGGAGGAGGAAGGAGGACGACGACACAUCGUUUAUCGCUCCACCGCCAUCAAGAAACAAACGGCUGUCAAUCAAACUGCUGACGACUUCCUCCGAGGCCCUCUCCUAGGUUCUCUCCAUGUGAAGCAGAACAUGUUGUUGCAAACAUCUCGAAGACGACGCUACAUCGAAGAGGCGGAGCUCUUUCACAUCGAGGUGUUGUUAGCGGUGGAUUAUUCUGUCCUUCUUUUCCACGGCCGAGACCACAUUCAGAAAUAUCUCCUGACGCUGAUGAACAUAGUCAAUGAGAUCUAUCAGGAUCAUUCGCUGGGCGCCAACAUCAACGUGGUCCUGGUCCGGAUCAUCGUGUUGUCUCCAACAAAGUCUCAGGAGCUGAUCUCCGUGGGGAACCCUCAGAAGAGCCUAGAGAACGUCUGUGGUUGGUCCUAUCUCCAGCAGAGGGAGCAGAGUCACGCCGAGCAGCACGACCACACCAUCUACCUGACCAGGCAGGAGUUCGGCCCCUCCGGCAUGCAGGGUUAUGCUCCGGUUAAAGGAAUGUGUCAAUUACAUCGGAGUUGUGUCCUCGUCUUGGAGGAUGGAUUUUCUUCUGCCUUUGUAGCUGCACAUGAAACAGGACAUGUGCUGGGGAUGGAACAUGACGGGGAGGUGAACAGCUGUGAUGAGGACGUUCUGUUGGGCAGCAUCAUGUCUCCACGGGUCCAGGCCUCGUUCCAUCGAUAUCAUUGGUCCAGAUGCAGCUGGAGGGAACUUCAUCAACACCUGAAUACCUACGACUGUCUCCGUGACGACCCAUUUAACCAUGAUUGGCCGGCUCUGCCUCAGUUGCCGGGUUUCCAGUACUCGAUGGACCAACAGUGUCGCUUCGACUUUGGACCAGGAUACAGUUUAUGUACUGCAUACACAACUCAUGACCCCUGUAAGCAGCUGUGGUGCAGUGACUACAACAGCCCGUUUUUCUGUAAGACCAAGAAAGGUCCGCCUCUGGACGGAACUCCGUGCGGACUGGGCAAGCACUGCUUUAAAGGUUCCUGUAUGAAGUUGACCCCUGACCUCCUGAGACAAGAUGGCGGCUGGGGAACAUGGAGUUCGUAUGGCAGCUGCUCCAGGACCUGCGGGGGCGGGGUCAGGUUUCGGAUCAGACGCUGUGACAACCCAGCUCCAGCCAACGGGGGGCGCACCUGCCUCGGAAACAGCUACGAGUUCCAGCUGUGCAGCCAAGAGGAGUGUCCCCCCCUGACGGACUUCAGGGAGGAUCAGUGCAAAGUCUGGAAUCCAUUUUUUGAACAUGAUGGAAAGAAGCAUCACUGGCUGCCGUACCAACAUCCUGAUCGUAAAUACACACAUUAUACACAAACACGCAGAGUGAAGUGUGUGUGUGUGUGUGUGUGUUCCAUUGUCGUGUUGUUUGUCACAUACUUGAUCUGUGCAUCUGCAGCUGAUGAGCGCUGUCGUCUGUACUGUCAGUCCGAGGAGACAGCGUCAGUGGUGUCCAUGAACAGAGAGGUGCAUGAUGGGACACCGUGCUCCUACAGCGACGCCUACAGCGUGUGUGUCGGAGGAGAGUGUGAGCAUGUGGGUUGUGAUGGGCAGAUUGCCUCUGACCAGCAGGAGGACAGAUGUGGUGUCUGUGGAGGAGAUAAUUCCAGCUGCAGGAUCAUCAAAGGAAACUUCACGCGCAGCACAAAGAAACCAGGUUACCUGAAGAUCCUCGAGAUCCCUAAAGCGGCGCGACACCUGCUGAUCCAGGAGUUCAAAAGGACUCCCCACGUCCUUGCGGUGAAGAACCAGGAGACGGGUCACCUCUUCCUCAAUGAUGAAGAUGAACUCCCAGGGUCCCGUGUGGUGAUUGAGAAGGGUGUGGCCUGGGAGUACAACAACACAGAGGAGCAGGAGUCUGUCCAAGCUACUGGGCCACUGAAAUAUGGGGUCCUGGUUAUGGUCCGUUCCUAUGGCGACUCCAAGGUGACAGUAUCCUAUAAGUACAUCAUCCAGGACCGUCUCCAGUCCUCGCUGGAGUCCAACUUGGUGCAGGAGGACACCAUCUUCUACGAGUGGGCGCUGAAGAAGUGGUCGCACUGCUCCAAACCCUGCGGAGGAGGGAAACAGUACACCAGGUUCGGCUGCAGGAGGAAGGCCGAUGGGAAGAUGGUUCACAGGAUGCUCUGCUCCAACAUCAACAAACCAAGAGCCAUCAGCCGCCCCUGCAACACGGACCAGUGCAGCUCGCCACGCUGGGUGACCGGGAACUGGGAGGCCUGCAGCGCCUCUUGUGGUCAGACUGGGUGGCAGCGUCGCUGGGUGAACUGCCAGCAGGAGCCCAACCGGCUCCAGCAGCGCUUUGCACACAGCAAACUCUGUGGAGACAACCGACCAGAUGUGAAACGCAGCUGCAACCGUGUCCCGUGCCCUGCCGCCUGGAGAGCCGGGCCGUGGACACCGUGCUCAGUGUCUUGUGGAAACGGGACUCAGGAGCGUCAAGUCGCAUGUUCGAGUCCUGAGAGUUCAACUGGAAACUGCAGUGUACCUCAACCAAUCACAACCCGCAGCUGCCAAGCUCCACCCUGCCGCGGCAACCAGAAGAACGCCAUCAUCCAGUGGUUGUCCAGGUCCAAUGUGGACUUUCCUGCUCCAAAGAUCUCAUCUAGGCAGCGCUGUCGAGGUGACCGGUCGGUGUUCUGCCGGAUGGAGGUGUUGAGUCGGUACUGCUCCAUCGCUGGGUACCGGCAGAUGUGCUGCAAGUCCUGCAGCGAGGGGAACUUCAGCAGUGAGGACCUGCCGACAGCCAACAGCUCAUGGGUAUCGACCACAGAGACGAUAACCUCAGCUUCCUCCUCCACCUGGUCCGACCGCCGUGACAUCACCAGUCAUUUCAUCAGCACGUCACCUCACAGCUUCACUGUGACCCCUCCCCCUUCCAGCAGGAGCAGCACUGACUUCAUAUACGUGGAGUACGAUGAUUAUGACGAGUAUUCAUCCUACGAGGAUCCAUCUCUUCCCUCUGAGUCCCUGGAUAUCGUUCCAACUACUACUACUACUUAUUCUAGUACCACCACAACUACUAGUGCUACUACUAGUACUAGUACAACAAAAAGGUGGCCAAGAAAAACUGCUCCACCACAUGUAUUCGAGGAGAAAACCACCACUACCAGUACAGUUCCCAUGGAAACGGUUCAUGGCCCACAGUCACUGCUGACCCAGACGUUUCCCACCACAACCUCAUUCGAUCCUGAUGACAUCAUCACUGCAACCUCAUCAGGUGGGCGGAGCCUUCAAACUCAAUUCAAUCUGACAGAAACCGAACCAGCGCCGACGUCUUCGUCUUCCAUCUUCACGAUCACAAAGAAGGAGAAGAACUCAGUGGAUGAGGUCCCGUACCGGAUCGUGGGGCUGGACAGGGAAGCCACCAGAGGGCGGCAGAACCACUUUGUCCCACGUAUGCCACCGGUCCGUGAGCGAACACAGAACAAACGUAUCCAGGAGCUUCUGAAUGAGAAACGACGACAGGAUCGUGUGAAGAGAGUGAACAGGAGCAAAGAGAGUCAGACUGGUGGUAAAACGAGCACAUCAUAAAAACACUAAAAUAGGUUUUGAUGUUCACAAUGUCGCAUGUACAGCUUCUCACUUUCUGCUGAUGCUAUCAAACUGUAACGAGGAACUGAAUCAGACUGGAGAGCAAGGUUCUUUCAACGUUCUCAUCUCAACGUUUCCUGAGGUCUACUCCUGUUUCCUCUCUGCUGCAGUCAGAGUCAUCACGGAAACAUGCGGGAGGUAUUUCUGGAUUUCACUGUGUUGAUAUUUGUACCAAAUAAUUGUGUUUCUAAAUAAAGUUACCUCCAGCUGA